ACAGCACCUACACCGCCACUAACACCAACACCGACCACUUCAGACCAGAACCCCCGCUCCCGUCUUACACUCUCCCCUUCCCACUACCCUCCCGCCCUCCUCCCACCAUCGCACCACCAGCACCUGCAACUCUCUCACUCUCUCUCUCUCUCUCUCUGUGACAUCCUUCUAUACUCUUCGCUGCCUGAUGCAAUCAUACAAGGUCUCAAUUCUCGUGGGUGAUCUUUGAUUCUCGUUUGCUGCCCCAGCCAUUGGCUUUGCUCCAGCGGACCUUUUUUUUUUUUAUAUCUGUUUUCUUCUCGUGAAGGGCAGUGGUUGUGGUAGUUAGACCCGGGGCGGGUGCUCGUGUGCUGUGGUUGGACCCCAGCUGUGCGUUGUUUCACGUCGGGGAUUGGCGCUCAGGCAAAUGUGGAGAGCGUGAGGAAUUUCGACGCGGAGGUAAUUUGUGCAGGUCCUGGUGGACGCGGCUGGAGGUUUGGUGCGCCGGGUGUGUGUGUGUGUGUGUGUGUGUCUGUGUGUGUGUCGUUGAUCGCGUGGUUGGCGAGGUGAGGCGGAAUGGGCAGCCCGGAGGCCGACUGCGCUGCGGCCGAGGUCGUUGGAACGCCGGAGAGUGCUUUCGAGGAGCUCACCGGGCCUCUGCAAGGCUGGAAGCGCAAGGGGUCCGGAAAGAAAGGGGGCACUCCAAAGAGGAAGGACGUGACGUUUGUGGCCCCUGACGGCGAGGAAAUCAAGACCAAAAGGCAGCUGGACAAGUAUCUGAAAGCUCAUCCGGGGACACUGUCUGCGGGGGACUUCGAAUGGGGAGUUGCAGGUAUGCGUUGGGAAUGUGGGCGCACGUUGAGUAUGUGUGUUGGGGAUGAUGGGUGCAGAAACUGGUUUGGAGAGGUUUGUGACGUCCCAGGGAGUUGCGUGAUGAGUGGGCGUGGUUGGGUUUGGGAAGAAAGAUUGAAUGCAGCAGCGAGGGGAACGGCGAGGGCACGGGGAUAGUUGUGGUAGUGGCGAUCCUAGGUGGUAGUGGGUGCGAGGGGAAAUUGGGGAAGCAUUGUGGACGUCGUAGGGGGUUGGGCGCCAGUUCACCCCGCUGUGGUCACGCAGCAUGGACAAGCGGAGUGGAUGCAGUGGUAUUUGCACAAUUGGUGGAUUGCAGACUGAGCACGUGGGUGUGAUGUGAGGCAACGUCUGGAUGGUGGUGAUUGAUGAGUUCUCCUCGACGGUGACGAUUCUGGGUGGUCGGACAGUCGGGCUAGGGUGGUAAC